UACCCAAAUAUAUAAACUUGUUAAACAUUUUAAAUAAGAUUGCAAACUGUAAAUAUUUUACAUAACUUAAAAUGAAAAAUGGUUACCAAAAAUGUCUUACAUAUUUUAUUCAUCAUUAAUUCAGCAACGAUUAUUUGUCAAGCGAAUUUUGAAUUCAAUAAUUGUGAUUUAACGGCACCACUACAAAUAUUUAUAACCAAACUUUCAAAUCCGUUACCUCUAAAAAAUAAUGCGCUAAUUUAUUUCUCCGGUAACUUAACGUUAAAAAGUAAACUACCCAAAGGCAUUUUCGUAAAGUUCAGUUUGGCUAGAAAAGUAUUAGAAUCUUGGUUGAGGUUGCCGUGCGUAGGAUGCGACUUUGGAGUGGACUGCGAUAAAUUACCAGAGUUAUGUUUUUUUCGUAACACAUGUGAAAACUGUACAAUAGGGGUGGAAAACUUGAAAUUUCAACUACCCUCUGACAUUGAGGAACAAAUUCUCGUUUAUAUACCCAACUUUGUCUUAAACGGUGACUUUUGGGCAAGAGUGCAAAUUGUCGAUCCAGAAAAAGACGAGAAAGACAAGGAUAAAGUCUUGAGUUGCUUCGAAAUAUACGUCACAAUUAAAGUUUGAUUUAUAAAUCAUUCUAACAAAGAAUAUUCGAAUAAAGUUCUUUUGAUUAAAAAAUU